UCUAGGGUUCUUUCUUGGAGGGGAUGUAGGUUUUUAAUUGCCCGCGUGAUCGAUGCGGCUUGCCGGCGGAGAAGGCUCAGAAAUCCCCAGCGCCGUCUCCUUGACAACGAAAGCUUUCGGGCCGUGCGGGAUGUCCUUGGCAGCGAUGUCUGCGACAUGGAUCUCGUCCACGCGCUACACUUGGCGAGGAACGAUUUGCAAGUGGCCGCCCACAUUGUGCUCGACACUCCGGGUUUUAGAAAUAGGAAGAGGUUCCAGCGUAAGGCUCCGACGAGCAGUGCCAAGGCGAGGAACCCCAGCGUUGGUAGGGAGUUCUAGAUCUACGGUGACAACAAAGGCCCCUACGGCAAAAUGUUCCAUCGGCAGUGGAUCGCCAAAAACUCCUGCAAAAGCUGAGGCUUCUAGGACAGCAAAAAUUGCCGAGAUGAGCAAUGAUAGUGGAGCAGAGGAUUUAUAUGAUUCGGGAGUAGAAAGUGGAGCAAUCGAUGGUGGAGAAGAAGAGGUAAACAAGAUCAUGACUGGAGGAGGAAACGAUGCCGAGGUGGAAAGAACAACAGUGGUGGAGAGCUCCAUUGAGACUGUCAGGAAACAUGGCGAGGCUGUUUCUAGCGCCUUAGCUGGACUUUCAAUCAGUGGUAGUGCCUUGACCCACGGUAAUCCCGUUAAGAUGGAAGCUGGUUGUGGUUCCGUGAAAGCUGAAGCUUCGGUUUCAAUCGCAGCUGGAUGUGAUCCUAUGAAGAUGGAAGAUGGAAGCUGGUUUUGAGUCUGCAAGAGCCGAAGCUCCGGUUGGCUCAGUGAAGAUGGAACCUGGUUAUGAUACUGUGAAAGUUGAAACUCCAUUCGGGGGUGGUACAGCUGCCCAUUUGUCUGAAGCGAAGGUGGUUCCAAUAGAAAAUGACACGGCUAAAGCUGCAGAGAAGCAACCGGUUGUUUUAGAUGCAGAGAGGUGGUGGCUUCUCCAAGAGACUGAAGUUGCCGGGUACUCGACGUCCAGGGGAUGCCGGAUUCGUGUUGGCGAGUUCGUGUCCUUCAAUUUUCCCAAGCCUGAAGCCGAAAGUAAGAAGAAGUUCUUUGAGCACAAGAAGGUUCGGCCGAAAGCGAGCUCCGACAUUGUAAGGUUCUCGACAAAAGCUUCAGGAGAGAUAGGACGGCUUCCAGCCGUCUGGGCCAAGUGUUUGAUACCUUUGGUUCACUCAAAUAAAAUAAGCAUACUCGGGAAGUGCAAAAUGGCACCAGAGGCUCUUUCUCUUAUGAGCAGCAUAGUUCUCGAUUUGAGAGUUUAUAUCAACAAGUCGUUUUUUGUGAAAUACAAGGGAACUGUAUCGAUUGAAGAGACAACCUUUCGCCCGCUUCCGUCGUUGAUGGAGCUGCUAAAGAUGACUCCUCAGAAAGGCGCAGUUUACACCAGAAGAUUUAAAUGUCUACACUCGUCGACGUCCAGAGGAAGGGCCACCUUCGAAGCGUUCAAAACCUGAGCAGAAGGAUAACGAAGAUUCUGUUAUGCUCGAUUCGGAGGUUGAUCACGUGGUUGGCACCAGUGACAGUCGCGAACUGAAGGAAAUGGAGGAACCUCAAGAUCUAGAAUGCAAGCUGAGGCCUUACCAAAAGCAAGCGUUGUUUUGGAUGUCUCAACUGGAAGAUGGCGUCACUCGGGAGGAUGCUGCUAAAGCGCUUCAUCCUUGCGAGCCUCUGCUUUUUACGUGAAUUCUUUUUCUGGCGAUUUCCGAGCGCACUGCAGGCUUCAAGAGGAGGGAUUCUCGCUGAUGCUAUAGGCCUUGGUAAAACGGUCAUGACAAUAUCUCUUUUGCUCUCCAAUCGCCGCAAAGGAUGUAGUACAUCUCAGGUGCAGCCAACACAGGCAAAAACGAAGUCUUUUAAGAGUUUAAAGGAAGGUGGCACUCUUAUAAUUUGUCCCAUGACUUUACUUAGUCAAUGGCGGUCAGAGCUGGAAGCGCACGUAUCUCCUGGUACUGUCUCUGUUUUUGCUUAUUACGGACCUGAUAGAUCAAGAGAUGCUAAAACACUCUCGAAGUACGAUGUCGUCUUGACUACCUAUGGCGUUGUUCAAUCGGAAUGCAACAAUAGCGGAGGCGAAGGACCAAUCCAUAAUGUUCAUUGGUUUAGAGUUGUACUGGACAAAGCUCAUUCUAUCAAGGCAAAUAAGUCUUGUGUUGCUCAGGCUGUUUUCAAGCUUGUUGCCGACCGCAGAUUGUGCCUUACUGGAACUCCUGUGCCAGUAAGAACCUCCUGCAUAUGUUUUGGGUUUAAAUAUCUUUUGUUUUUCAAUGCAGAUAUUGAAUGCCAACUAUCUGAGUCUGGUGA